AUGACCUCAAGGCGCUGGAUUAUUGCAUUCCUCAUUCCUACACUGGCAUCUGGCAUGCCAUCUUCACUAUUUACCACCCGCAACAAACCGCAUCUGGAUGGCCAUGCAAUAUCUGGGGUGGUCGGUCCUGUUCACAUGAUAUCACACCCGCCUGCUGUAAGUACCUCACAAACGGUCAGUCAACCUGCAAGCGUCGAUCAGAUUGAUGAAAUCAUUUCAUCAGCUGACUUCUUGUGCUACAAUGACAAGACGUCAUUGGUGAUUCCAGACGUUCCUUGUCCCGCAGAAAAUUCACAGAAGACUCAAGUUACAUCUCAACUCCUGAAUUUAGUUCUAAAAUUCCAUGGCGGAGAAGUCCUAGUUCCUGGCGUGUCGUCUGUUUCGCCUCCCCAUCUCCAUGGUUACAACUUGUCUGACGAAGGAUCAGCAGACUGGAUGCAUUACAACCAGUCAGACCUCAGCAUCCGUCUUCAGACACUACUUCGUCAAUUUCAGGAGAAUAGAACUCAGUUACUCGACCACUUACUAGAAUAUACAUCUAGCAACAACCUUAGAAACAUCACUUCACUGACUAAUCUACUGUUUGAUGCUCUGAAUUCGACCUCUGUCUUCAAUAUGUGUCAAAACGGUACUGGGGCAAAUACUACCAGCAGUGAACUUUCGUGUGAUGAGUUGCAGUCUAGAAGUGAAACUCUGAAUUAUUUGAAUUCUGAAGUUCAGAAAUUGAUAGCAUCUGAAGAAUACUCAAGCACGUCUGCUCAUAUUGAGACAAAUUCUACUGGAAUUACAUCAAAUGGUAGUCUGAGCAAUGACACAAACCUAGACGCUGUUAUAGACGAUUUACUACAAAGACUUAGCGGAACGAAAGCAGACUCGAAAGCACUCACAGAACUGUAUACACAUUUACUUCUAGCAUUAAACGAUUUCAAAGCCGUUGUGAUCAAACUCAUGCAUAAAUUUGUAACAGUCCUGUUGGAGUCAGAUUUUAUUGAAAUUUCAGACAAACUUUCAAGAUCUAUAUUUGAUAUCAAGGUUGUUUUAGGAGGAGAUGACGGUAUAGAAAAGCUUGGUGCACUAGUAUCCCACACGCCAAAACCAGAGUCUAUUACAGAAAUACUCAUUGAUAAAACAGUGAGUCCUGACCUUACAACAAACAAUGCCUCGUCUGAAACAACGACACAUUCGUUUAUUUUAUCGGACAUCAAAGCACACGAAUUAGGCCAAGAUCACUCUCUGUUUAAUCAUUCAUUGCUGUUAGAAUUGGUAAAGUCAGACAUGAAUGGGACAAAUGCUACUUUAGAAGCAGUUGAAUAUUUUGAGGUGAUUCUAGAGGUAGCAGUCACGUUGAUUUCGUCGCUGACAGAACUUAGUCGACUACUGCACGAAGGAAGGGUAGCAGAGUUUGACCAAGAUGAGGUUCUGGAGAAUAUGACUGCUUGGCACAGUCUACGCAGCAGAACAAAGAGAGAUAUUUCUGGCUCAGACAGAUGCCAGCGACAAGGAAACAUCAUCAAUCAGACUAAUUUCAUCAGUCUGUGCUCCAGCUGCUUGCACACAACAGUCCUGGACAAUACUUACUAUCCCCGGUACCUCACAGAGAAGGUCUGCAGUAGUGGAUCCAGUAGCAACCCUGCCUUCAGGGAUGGGUGCCUCUUCCAACCAGGAUUACUUGGAGGCAGACCUGCAGGACUAUGUAAACAGCAAGAAUUUAAUGUUCUUCUUCUUCGAGAAGUUCCUGGAAAAUGCAUGAAAGUCAUCAGUCAAGGAAAAGAAAUUAUAACAGAUCAAUGGCAAAGCACCACACACCCCCUCCGCAUUGGUUGUGAAUGUGUAGUGGAUCAAAACUCACAGUUUGCAAAAUAUACACAUUUUCCUUAA